AUGUCUAAGCGUUUGCGUGAAACUGGCCAAGACCAGGCACAUUCACUCCCCGUUGCCUCGCAGUCGCUCUCGUCUCAGGCUGAACUUCUUGAGUCACAAGAGGAAGCUCUCAAGAAAAUUCGUCGUCCUAAUGGAACAGAAGAGCCAAGUGAGUUCGAGCGUGAAUUGCUUGAUAUGACCCAGGCGGUCAAGGAGGUGGGCCACGACGAAGACCAGAAGUGGGCCCGUCCCGACUUACCAGACUCGUUUGAUCCUGAGCAAGAAGAUGUUAUAUUCCAGCAGCUAGAUGCCGAAGAAGUCAAUAGUGGAGAUCAUACUAUCGCACGUUUUUUUGGUGUCACAGCAGAGGGAUAUUCGGUUCUCUGUAAUGUAACUGGCUUCCGUCACUACUUCUACAUCCCGGUUCCUCGUGGCUUCAUGCAAGACCGGCACUUGGACCAGUUUAAACUGUACUUAUCAGCAAACUACAUGGGGGUUUUGGACGUAGAGAUCGCCAACAAAGAAUCAAUUUGGGGGUACAACCAAAACGUAAAGACCCCAUUUUUCAGAAUAUUUGUCGAUAACUCAAGAAAUAUCACCAGAUUGAGAUCAUCAUUUGAACGUGGUGAAAUACAGUUCGAAAACCUCUUUCCAUCCCAAAACGUCAGUUACGACAAUAUCAACUACCUCCUUCGUUUAAUGGUGGAUUGUAAAAUAACAGGCAUGUCCUGGAUAACACUUCCCAAGGGCACAUACGAAAUGUGUCAACCACACCUUAAGAGCUCAAGAUGUCAGAUUGAAUGUUCGGUGGAUUAUCGGCAGCUCAUUUCACAUCCAUCUGAAGGCGAGUGGUUGAAAAUGGCUCCCCUUCGAAUUCUUUCAUUUGAUAUCGAAUGUUCAGGUAGAAAAGGUAUCUUUCCAGAAGCCCAACAUGAUCCUGUUAUCCAGAUCGCUAACGUCGUACUGAAGUAUGGAGAGCAAAGACCAUUUAUUCGUAACGUCUUUACUGUAAACACUUGUGCCUCUAUCAUAGGGUCCCAGAUAUUAGAGCAUAAAACAGAGGAGCAAAUGUUACUUCAUUGGAGGCAAUUCAUUGAAGAAUCUGACCCAGAUGUGAUAAUCGGGUAUAAUACCACCAACUUUGAUUUACCAUAUCUUUUGGAUCGAGCAAACGCAUUAGGUCUCAAAGAAUUUCCAUACUUCGGAAGAUUAAAGAGUGUGAGACAAGAAGUGAAAGAUUCUGUAUUCAGCUCACGAGCUUACGGUACCAGAGAGAACAAAGUCGUUAACAUCGAUGGUAGAAUGCAACUUGAUUUGUUACAGUUUGUUCAAAGAGAAUACAAGUUGAGAUCCUACACAUUGAACUCAGUAUCGGCACAUUUCUUAGGUGAACAGAAAGAAGAUGUUCAACAUACAAUCAUUUCCGAUCUUCAGAAUGGUACCCGAGAAACUCGUCGAAGAUUAGCGGUCUACUGUUUGAAAGACGCCUACUUGCCAAUGAGACUUCUUGAAAAACUUAUGUGUCUUGUCAAUUAUACUGAAAUGGCAAGAGUGACUGGUGUGCCGUUCUCUUACUUAUUGGCUCGAGGACAACAAAUCAAGGUCAUCUCGCAGCUUUUCAGAAAAUGCUUACAAGAGGAUGUAGUGAUUCCAAAUAUGAAAAGUGAGGGCACGAAUGAGGAGUAUGAGGGCGCAACGGUUAUCGAACCUGUUAGAGGCUAUUACGACGUACCUAUUGCUACGUUAGAUUUUAGUUCGUUGUACCCUUCGAUUAUGAUGGCACAUAAUCUCUGUUACACUACACUUUUGAGUAAAAACUCAAUAGCCGCUUUCAAUUUGUCUAAAGACGAUUACACACUCACUCCAAACGGUGACUAUUUUGUCAAAGAACAUAAGCGUAAGGGUAUCCUUCCAACAAUUUUGCAUGAACUUAUAUCCGCGAGAAAGAAAGCCAAAGUCGACCUUAAAAACGAGACAGACCCAUUCAGAAAGGAUGUUUUGAACGGUCGUCAACUAGCAUUGAAAAUUUCAGCCAACUCCGUCUACGGUUUCACUGGUGCUACUAUAGGUAAGUUGCCUUGUCUUGCGAUUUCAUCUUCUGUCACUGCUUUUGGACGUGUCAUGAUUGAAGAGACUAAAAAUGAGGUCCAAUCACGUUACACCACUGAAAAUGGAUACGAUUACGAUGCACAAGUUAUUUAUGGAGAUACAGAUUCGGUUAUGGUAAAGUUCGGCCACCAAGACAUCGAGACAUGUAUGAAAUUAGGGGAAGAAGCUGCUAAUUAUGUCUCCCAAAAAUUCAAGAACCCCAUCAAGUUAGAGUUCGAGAAGGUUUACUUCCCCUACUUGUUGAUUAACAAAAAGCGUUAUGCUGGAUUAUAUUGGACAAGACCUGAAAAGUUUGACAAAAUGGAUACAAAGGGAAUUGAAACUGUGCGUCGUGAUAAUUGUCGUCUUGUCCAAAACGUCAUUACAAAGGUCUUGGAGUACAUUUUGGAGGAACGCAAUGUCGAUAAAGCCGAACGAUUCGUGAAACAAACUAUCGCUGAUUUAUUGCAAAACAGAGUCGACCUUUCACAGCUAGUUAUCACAAAGGCGUAUUCCAAACACGAAUAUGCCGCAAAACAGGCCCAUAUUGAACUUGCUGAGAGAAUGAAAAAGAGAGACCCUGGAUCGGCUCCAACACUUGGAGACCGUGUGGCGUAUGUCAUUAUUAAUUCAUCAAGCACCAAAAAUUACGAAAAAUCAGAGGAUCCACUUUUUGUGUUGGAGAACUCGCUUCCAAUUGACGUGAAGUAUUACUUGGAGAACCAAUUGGCGAAUCCUCUUAUGCGUAUCUUUGAGCCAAUUCUAGGAGAAAGAAAAGCUAAAGAUUUAUUAUCGGGAGCCCAUACCAGAACUAUAAAGAUGUCAGCACCAAAGUCAGGAGGGCUCAUGAGGUUUGCUAAAAAGGCAGAGCUCUGUAAAAAUUGCAAAUCGCCUUUGAAAUCGUCAAAUCACGGAGCACUCUGUGAAAAUUGUAUAUCUAUGGCACCCAAACUUUAUGGAGGGGCAAUUGCCCAGAUGAAUUACUUGGAAAACAAGUUCUCAAGAUUGUGGACAGAAUGUCAGAGAUGUCAAGGCUCCUUACAUCAAGAAGUUUUGUGCUCGAACAAAGAUUGUCCUAUAUUUUACAUGCGUAAGAAGGCACAAAAGGAUGUUAUGCAACAAGCUGCUGAGCUUGAAAAGUGGAAUGAGACAGUGUGGUAG